AUGAUGUGGUUUUUCGGGGGAGGAGGAGCACCGCCCGUCUCUAAAUCGAGCGCCGCCGUGCUGUGAUGAUGCAGAUCCGUCCGACGUGAGCGGCGAGCGGCCAGGCAACAGCGCGGGCACCGGGGGAACAGCGACUGGAGGCCCGGGGGCGCAGUGACCAAAUUUCACGCCCAAGUCCCGUCUCCGUGGAUGCACAGCGCACGCAGCAAUGGCCACACAGGGACAUGGGAACACGAGAGCCACUGCCCCCGACAAUCUCAAACCGGGAAUGGAACCCGCAACCGUAGCCGGCGGGAAAACCUGUCCCGUCCACAAUCCUGGUGCGGACGAUCCAAAGAGGGGAUUUCGGAAGGGCUUGGGACGGCACAAUGACUAUGUAAAGAUCCCAGUGCCUGAUACCAAAGUCAACCGUCUGCCCAUGGAGUGGUGGAAGACAUUUCUCGCUUUCUUUUACGCCGGAUUCAACCUGGUCCUCACCACCGUCGUCAUCACCGUUGUGCACGAGAGAGUCCCGCCCAAAGAAAGCAGCCCUCCUCUUCCGGAUAAGUUCUUUGAUUACAUCGACCGGGUCAACUGGGCGUUCACUGUCACCGAGAUUAACGGCAUGGUGCUGCUGGCCAUUUGGAUCAUACAGCUUUUCUUCUUCAGAUACAGGUCCAUCGCUCUCCGGCGCUUCUUCUUCCUGAUGGGCACCCUGUAUUUGUACCGCUGUGUCACCAUGUACAUCACCACUCUGCCAGUGCCGGGCGUCCACAUGACCUGUGCUCCGAAGUUGCACGGAGACUCCCAUGCCAAGCUCCUGCGAAUCAUGCGCCUCAUUUCUGGAGGAGGAUUGUCCAUAACAGGCUCCCAUCUCAUGUGUGGAGACUUCCUGUACAGUGGCCACACCGUGAUGCUAACUCUCACUUACCUAUUCAUCAAAGAGUACUCUCCGCGGUCGUUCUGGUGGUACCACGUGAUGUGCUGGCUGCUCAGUGCGGUGGGCGUGGUCUGUAUCCUGGUGGCUCACGAGCACUACAGCGUGGACGUGGUGGUGGCCUACUUCAUCACCUCACGACUCUUCUGGUGGUACCACACCAUGACCAGCUUACAGACUUUGAAAUGCUUCCCAAACAACUACCUCCAAAACACCUGGUGGAACCCGAUUUUCAACUUCAUGGAGAGAAAUGUCCAGACAGCUGUGCCGUGUUCGUACAGCUGGCCCAUCACCUGGCCCCCCGCCUGCCUUAAGAGCCCCUGCAAGAAGUAUUCUAUGGUACAGAGCAUCCGAGAAGAGUGAGCACAACUCCACGGCCCCUUCGGAGA